AUGUUCGCUACACUCUUUUCAGUCACUCUCUUUGUCGUACUUGCCAUCCAAGGCGUAUUUGCUGACCUUACGAUUGACACUCCCAGCCUCACUCAGUGUGGAAGUGUUCAAAUCACUUGGACAGCGUCAAGCCCUCCCUACAGCCUUCUUGUAGCUCCCGCAGAUGACCUCUGUGGCGAGGCCCUCGUUGACCUUGGUCAACAGGCCGGUCUUUCAUAUCAAUGGAACGUCGCCCUUGCUGCCGGCACUGCAGCUGUCCUUUUCAUCGAGGACUUCCAGGGAAAUGAGGCUUGGAGUGGAACUAUGACGGUGGGAGCUAGCAGUGAUUCGUCAUGCCUGACCAGCACCACAUCUCAUAAUGCAUCUGCCGUUUCUGGCACUCUGCCCACAACCCCUGCCGCGGCUGCUGAAUCCACAACUUCUCCAUACUCUCCCGCUGGCGCUGCUAAUGCGGGUCUUGCUCCCUCCGGUGGUGCCUUGUCCAUCCGCCCUCUCAGCGCUUUGACCUCCGUUGGUUCUGGACUUCUGGCCCUUUUUGCAUUAGUUCUAUAA